CCAGCAACGAAACGGAGGCCCGGUCGCACCUUCCUCUCGAACCCACGCUCUCCUCCUAUAAAUCCACUAUCUUUGCCCACCUCCCCCACUCACUCCACUAUCCAGAUCCCCCACUUCGCCGCGCCGAUCCCCAAUCCAUUCCCGGAGAAAGCACGCGGAAGGAAGGAAGGAAGGAGAACCAUGAGCGCCAUGGUCGCGUCGUCGCUGAAGCUGAACCCGGACGCCCCGCUCUUCGUGCCGGCCGCGAUCCAGCAGGUCGAGGACUUCUCCCCGCAGUGGUGGGACCUCGUCAAGUCCACCGCCUGGUUCCGCGACCACUGGUACCACGAGCACCAGCAGCUCGACGACAUGGCCGACUCCCUCAACGCCUUCGAGACCGCCGACCACGACGACGACGACUUCAACGCCCUCCUCCCCGACGCCAUCGACGACGACAACCAAGACGACCUCUUCUACGGCAACACCACCUCCACCACCCUCCCCGCCGCGCGCCCAACCGUGACACUCACCACUGAUGCCGUGCUCAAGGCGCUGGUGUCUCCCAAGGGCGGCGACGCUCCCAAGGGGUUCCCGGAGAAGCCGAGGUACACCGAGAAGGCCACCAAGUACGCCGGCAGCCCGAGCCCGAGGGGCGGCGCCGCACCCCGCUUCAUCCACCAGCCUCGCGGCUAGGCCGCAAGCUUCAAGAAUUCGCUCCUGCCUGCCUGCCCGCCUGCUGCCGCCGUGUGGUAUUUCUUCAAGUUCCUUCUAGUGUCAGUAGCAGUGGUGUCCCUUUGUAUAUUACUACCAAGUAGAAAUGACCAAGAAAUGAGCAGCCAAAUGCAGAUUGCUGCUGUUGGUUAGUGUGAUCGUCGCCCUGUAAGUUAUGUUCGUCGAACCAGUGCGUGUGUGUGUGUGUGGGUGUGGUAGGGAUGGCUCCAAAAGAGGAGGGAGCAGAAGAACGUAGUGGAAUGCGCCCUUUCUGAAUGUUCUGGUGUGCCAUGGCAGGCAGCUUAAUGUUAAUUACUGUUUAGCCUUGUUUAA